UCCUUCUUUCCUCAGGGUCUCUAUCCAUCAAGACGCAGAGUGUGCCCCAGAGCUCAAACCCAAGUGCCUCCAUCGCGAGUGCUGCUUCGGAGACAUGAAGAUCAAAGAUGCCAAGAAACCAUCUUUUCCAUGGUUUGGUAUGGACAUUGGGGGAACUCUGGUGAAGCUUGCUUAUUUUGAACCUAUUGAUAUUACUGCAGAAGAAGAGCAGGAAGAAGUUGAAAGCUUGAAGAGUAUUCGCAAAUACUUGACAUCAAAUGUAGCAUAUGGGUCCACUGGCAUACGGGAUGUUCACCUUGAACUCAAGGACUUGAUACUCUUUGGGCGAAAGGGAAAUUUGCACUUUAUCAGAUUCCCAACCCAAGAUUUGCCUACAUUUAUUCAAAUGGGAAGAAAUAAAAACUUCUCAACGCUGCAUACAGUGCUGUGUGCCACUGGCGGUGGUGCUUAUAAGUUUGAAGAAGACUUUCGCACAAUUGGAAAUCUCCAGCUGCACAAACUAGAUGAACUUGACUGUCUUGUUAAAGGCUUGUUGUACAUAGAUUCUGUCAGUUUUAAUGGCCAGGCGGAGUGCUACUACUUUGAAAAUGCAUCAGAACCUGAAAGGUGCCAAAAGAUGCCUUUUAACCUGGAUGAUCCAUACCCUUUGCUGGUUGUAAACAUUGGUUCAGGAGUCAGUAUUUUAGCUGUCCAUUCCAAAGACAACUAUAAGAGAGUAACUGGAACAAGUCUAGGUGGUGGGACCUUUCUUGGUUUGUGCAGCUUACUGACGGGAUGUGAAAGUUUUGAAGAAGCUUUAGAAAUGGCAUCCAAAGGGGACAGCACACAUGCUGAUAAACUAGUCCGUGAUAUUUAUGGGGGAGACUAUGAACGAUUUGGCUUGCCAGGAUGGGCUGUGGCAUCUAGCUUUGGGAAUAUGAUCUACAAGGAAAAACGGGAAUCUGUUAGUAAAGAAGAUUUGGCUAGAGCUACGUUGGUUACUAUCACCAAUAACAUUGGAUCUAUAGCACGGAUGUGUGCUGUAAAUGAGAAAAUAAACCGCGUUGUCUUUGUUGGAAACUUCUUGCGUGUGAAUACCUUAUCUAUGAAACUCCUGGCAUAUGCACUGGAUUAUUGGUCCAAAGGCCAGUUGAAGGCUUUGUUCCUAGAACAUGAGGGCUACUUUGGAGCAGUUGGUGCCCUACUUGGAUUGCCAAAUUUCAGCUGAAGCUCAAAGCGCCACAGUACUGAAUUAGUUCUACCUUUAUGUCACUAUAACAACAUUAUUUUUAUAUCGACUGGAACCAAAGGGGGGAAAGGGCCACAGUCCUGCUAUACAUGUCUUUAAUUGUGAUACUGUGUCAUUGAGACCGUCCUUGAAAUGUAGGUGUUUCUGUAAGAAAUACUUAAAGGUGGUAUUAUAUGGCAUCCUCCAAUAUUCAGUAUGGCCUCUGAAAAAUGAGCCCCAGUACCAUAAUUGAAAGACAGCUGUCUGUAUCCUGCAACACUAAUCAGAUUUUUUUUUUUUUUGGAAACUCCCCUUAAGGCUAUUUGCAUCUAGUUGUAAAUCUCAUUAUGUCACUGUGCUGGAUGUUCAUUUGAGUGUGAUUUUUCCAUCAGUUCCAGAAAUUGAUCUUAACCACAUCUGAGUGCCAUCUACUGAAAAUAAAGAAAUUUAAUAUAGAAGGUUUUCUUUCAGUACAGGAACACAAAAUGUGUUGACGUUCUUAAUUCAGAUUUCCAGUGUUAACAUUUCCAGAGAAUAAAAAUAGCAACAUCAGCAAAGACUUCGUACAAUUGGCUUAAUGUGUAUUAAGCAACCAAAUAUAAUAUUUUAACUACUAGAUUGUGUAGUCAGGUUUUGUAAAACUCUACAGUUUCCAUGUUAAUGUAAUGAUUAAAUCAUAUUGCCUAUGUAGGGGAUUCUUCUGCAUAGGGCUUCCAGUGAAAACUGUAAGGAUCUUAAAUGGUUUUGGCAAGAGAAAAUUCUUAAGUUACCCGUCUCCAUAUCAGUGUGCCAGCAGAAGUGACUGGGAGUUGCUCAGUGUUAACGGUUGCUGGAUAAAUAGAUUCGCCAUGAUGCUUGUACAAUGUCGCCAUCUUAAUUAAACUCCAUUUGAGCUAAUCAUCUAUAACCUGUGUCUACCCAAAAUGUGAAAUUGGUGCGAGCUUAUGGCCUGAACACUAUGUUACCUCCAGGGAUUUUACCACAAAUUCAAAGGACCAGCGUUUAGUGUGUGUUGAUACUGCAACAGUGUGGCCUUGGAUUACCCUCCAGAUACUGGGGCUACUCCUGCAUUUUGACAGUCUGUUUUUUCAGACUUGAUUGUAAAAGUUUACAAUAGUGGCGUUAUAUUAGAUUGCUGCAUCCAAGUUUACUGUAAGACCUCAGAAAAAAAGAUCAUCUCAGAAAUACAACUUUCUAUGCACAGGGAUGUAUGUAUAAUUUUUUCCUGAAGGAAUAUGCAGUUAUCCAAUCCAUGAAUAGAGUUUUUUAAUAGGGGAAUCCACCACUUGGACCAGAGCUCAUUGAGUUCAAGUUAGUGCUUGAUUUAUUUGAUUCAGUUGAUACUAUUUUGGUACACUAAUAUUUUGUACAAUAAUAUCUCUAUAUUGAUGUUGCAGAUUUCUCCAGGUUAUCUGAUGUGCUUGUCCCUUCUUCAGUUCCAUGCUGCUACUUUCAGCAACGCUUAGAAGUAUUUAGCUUAGAAUAGUGUUGAUGUUUCUUGCAGUGGGUUCCUAAAAGCUGUUUUCCAUCCUUAGGGAUCAAAAAGUGCUCUUUGUAGCACAGUGCAAUGUCCAAAAGCUUUCUUACAUUUUAUUAGUCCAGAUUGAGAAGACAGUGUGUGGCCCGGGCAGAGUUUCAAGUGUUAUCAGCUCUUGAGGAUUUUGAUCCCAUCUGUGUGUUUCUUUUUACAGUGUAAUGACUUCCUUCAUAUAUUGUUAAAUGGAUGUAACCUUGUUUGCCUUUAAAACAUGUCUUAACCUCAUGUCUUAAAAUACAUGUCUGUGUUGCCAAUAGGAACUGAAAGUGAUUAACAGUGUAAUCCUAUGCAGAGUUAACUAUAGUCUCAUUUAAUUGACUUUAGUGGAUUUAGAAUGUAGUAACUCAGCAUAGGAUUGCGCUAGAAAGGUACAACUGCCCAAGUCAGAUGCUUUAAUCUCUAGGAUUUUUUAAAAAAAAAAAACCACUCUGCUUUGGAAUCAAGAUUUAACUUGCAAUACACACUACUGCAGUUAUUUUAAGUACCCAAAUUACAAAUUUUGAAUAAGCCCCAUGAAUAAAUAGGCAGCUUUCAUGCUACAUAAUUCUUCAGUGUAAGAAUGUCAUGUACCUUACAUUUUGUUUUGAAGUGAUAGACGUUUCCAGCAUUGGACUUUGCAUGGUAGAAACCUUCUAAAGCCACAUGUGAGCCGCAUUGUCAGUGUUAUUUAAUACCAUUGGAAAGGAGUACUUGUACUUUCUUGUAGUGUCAAUUUCUUCCUUUUGCAAAACCCUGAAUUUUGAAGAUUACUUAACUUUUGGCAGGGGGCUGGCUGGCAAGAAUGAGGGACAUUUCCUUUGGCUUUUAUGAAAGAAAUUCUUAAUGUGGUGAUUCUUGAAUCCGUCAGUCAUUAAUGCCCACCCCCAGUUUCAAAUAAUAAUUGUUUUACUAGUAAGAACGUUCCUGCUUUUGCAGCCUUCAACAUUAUUAGAAGCUCUGAUUUCAUAAUUGGCAUCCAUAGAUUAUGUAAAUAUUGACAAAACUAGGCCAUCCCCUUUUUGUUGUUCUGUCCUUUUUCCUCAUAGUAAUUUUGCCCUCCGACAAGGCAGUUUCAUCUCUGAAAUGUCAAUUCGUUUUUAUAGUUCAUAGUUUGACUUGACAAACGUUUUCAGUAUCCAUCCCAGCAAGUUGUGCUUGGCACAAGUACUUCCUCUCCUAACACUUCCUGGAUUGCUGCCCACUGAGUGAAGGGAUUAGUGUGCUACCCUGUCUUUUGUACCAUUGAGGCUCCUAGCAUUAGAUAACUGAGUCAUGUUUCUGUGUCACUGUUCAAGUGGGUUAAUAUUUUUCUGUCUUUAUAUUGCUGUUUACUUGUUUAGUAGCAGGAGUAAACCUUUAUUCUCUGUCUACCUAUUUAUAAAUUCUGUAUACACUUGUAUCUUUCACUGUAUAGGAAACUUGGGCAGUUUGUUACGCUGUCGGUAUAAAGAUCCAGUAAAGUUACAAAAAAAUCAAGUAUCUUUACUGACUAUAUAUAUAAAUUCAACCUACAGAGAUCACCCUAUAUUGCUUAAAUCUUUCAGGAUAUUCCUCAGGACUGCACCACACAAUGCAGUUAAAAACCUGUAUUAAAGAUGUAGCAUGUUGUACCCUGUUAUGGGAGAGGUCUCACUCUCUUUUCACACCCCAUAUAUGACAUGGAAGCAUGUGCCAGGUCAUUUGCAACUCCAUGCAGUAGGUUUCCAUGAUGUGGCUUGGGGGAAGGGAGAGUGAAUGUUCUCCUUUCUCCAGUACAUGCCUGUGCAUGCUAAAUUUUUAAUGUGUUCCUUUAAAGCAGUCCUUCCAAUCAUGCUUUAAAUACUUUCAGGUACUUGUGCCGAGAGCAAUUUCUGUUGCUUUAAGACUAACAAUUUAAUUAAGCUUUUAAAUAUUCAUGCCUUGUUGCUUUGUAAAUACUGCAGUGAUCAAUAAAACCAGGCUGUCAGUUACAUGGGCAACUUAAACUUUUAUGAGGCAAUGUUUUUGGUGCAGGUAAAAUGAGAGGAUGUUGUAAGGAUGGGUGUAACAAUCCCUGAACCACCAUCUUUUUGAGUUUAACCAAAUCCAUUGUGCCAUUUUUCAAAACGCAUUCUAUUCUAAUAUGUAACAAAAGCCCUAAUAUCUUACUAGGGCCUAACUAUAGCAGUAGAAGAAUAUUGAGGACCAGAUAUCUGUUGACCAAAACAUCUGUGCUAAGAAGAGCAAGGCUUAAAUGCCCUGCCUUGACUUGCGUAUGACUUUGUAGCACUAUGUUAAACGUCAAAGAAGCAGCCCUUAUGUCUGUGAUUGGGGAACAAACAAUGCCUUAAUUCAAAAGCGAUUUCCACUCCACUGGAGAAACUGAGAAACUCCAUUUCUCAAAUGGAGUAACAUCUGAGUACGUGUUGUAAUGCAACAGAGGUUCCCUGUUCCAAAAACUCUAAUGUUCAGCAACAUUAGAAAGAAAUGGAAUUCAGCAAGCAAGCCCUUAAAUCCACUUCUCAAUACUUAAAACAUGUUCAUAAGAUCUGUGUGAUCAAACAAUCAGAAGGAAUGUGUCUUUGUAGUUUGUAAGCAGUCACGUCGACCUGACCUGCUUUCAGCUGAUGAGGUUUCCAGUUGCCAAAUUUAUAGCACAAAUGCUAUAACAGUAUAGAAUUCAAAAAGGUACAUAUCAUCCACCAGCAUGUUUGUGUGUCAGGAGUAACUUGAAAACAAGUUUGUAAAUGAGGCACAUAAUUUGUCACAGAUCAGGGGAAAUGGUAUACUGAGAGCAACAAUGAGUUUACAGAUUUGUGUCACAAAAAGGUGUUAUCGGUGUAGUAAUUCAUUCUCUACCCUGAUCCCUGCAAUGGCUAAAGUAGGAUGACAUGGCAGGACCAUUUGCACUUUGAACUGCGACUGCUUUUGGUUGUAUAAGAAGGCAGUAGGCCUACUCAGCAUGUUGGUGCUAUUGCUUAGUGACAAGCUAGACUGAGAACAAUUUAUUUUACAAUCAUAGUUUAAAGACUGAUUGUUCUUACCAGAUAAACACUUUAUUGGACUGUAACUGUGUGUCACAGACUUAAACUGUUAUACUUGGGAAAUGGUUUGAUGUGAAAACAGACUUACGAAUACAUGUGUUAUGAAGCAGAUUACUUCUUUCAGAAUUUUAGGAAGAACUGUUCUUGAGUUGUGCUGAUUAUUGUAGCUGUGUUAUUUUAAUUCAGAUAACAUGAUCAACAUCCUGUGUAAACUACAGCCGUUACUGUACUCAUUUGUAUUCUGAGUACAAGUUUACAGAUCCCUACGGUUUUUUUAAAUAAGCCUUUCCUUGAGGCUGAUACGUUGGCUGAGAGUUCUUCUGGAAUGGUAACAGAUCUGACAUUUUAUUUUAGCAUUAAGUUCACCUUUCUACAGCUUAUUAGCUUGAAGUCCAAUCAUUAAAAAAGGGAUUUUUUAAAACAGGGUUUUGUAGAUGAGAAGCUUCAAUUUACUGUAUGCUUUGAUAUUCAUAUUGAUAGAAAAUAGGGAAAACAUCAUUUACUUCCCUCUCCUGUUGGCAUUUUAAUUACAUGUAUUUUUUAAAAUUUAUAAAAGACCAAAUUGUACUUACUGUACUCUUUGACUUUAUGGCAAAUUCAAAUUUUGCAAAUCCAGUAUAUGUAGAACUCUACCGUAACUGACAUUUCAGAUAUAAGUUGCCUUACUCUGCUGCAGUUCAUAUUGUUUCUGCUCUGUAUUCUGACCAUGAGAUUAGUGUAAAAAUGUAUAAUGUGUUGCAGAUUUAAUUCAUAGUUGAUAAAUUAUUUUAACACACCUCUUGUAAAUUGUUUAAUUUAUUUUCAUCAUUGAUGCUAUUCUGUCACUUUCAUGCAGCCAAAAUGAUGGAGUCCUGUACUGUAAACAUUCCCGUCAGAACUGUAUAAAAAUGCUCUUUACUGCUUGCAUGAGUAAAUGUGAAAUUUAAUUUUCUGUAUAAUGGGUCUACUUUUUUGUUACUUGCCUAGUUUUAUUACUGUUCAGUAUGAAUGAACAGAAAGUUAACUUUUCUAAAUAAUUACCAGUGGUUUCCAUAUUUUUUAGUUCCAUGUACUAUCACAAGCUGUCUUAAUAAAGAGGUGAGAAACA